AGAAACCCCCAUCAGAUGAAACAUGCUCUCUUAUCCUUAGUGGAAACUCCACAGAAUAAUCUAAAGAUAUGCAAAAAUGGUCAAGAGAUAUAUGGCGCCUGCGUCAAGCAGGACAUCAGUGAAGAUCUAGAGGACUUUUUCAAGGGAAGCCAACACAAGAAACAUAGAUUUGAGUAUAUGUUAUUAGAUCUAGUCAUAAAAAUCCUUCUUGCUCCUGGAGGAAGGGGAGGUAACUGCUCACACACAAACUCACCUCGACACAUUAAACCACAACGAUGUCAGAACAGCAAGUUUGAACACACCAAUGGCGAUGUGGCCCUCAGUUAUCUUCCUCAUGGCUGUGUGCUGGAGCGGAUCUGUUCCAUCCAGAAACUGGACGACCUGGACAUAGAAAACAUCUACCCCCUGUAUCAAAGACUCCAGGCUCACUUCAAGGACCACCCCACUGACAGAAAUCACUGGGGACUAGAUGGUCCAUACACUCGUGACCUCUGGAUGAUGGGUUCAGAGGUGAAGGCCAGUGUUGCUGUAGCUAGUCUGGAGUUUGCUGUAGAUAAGGUUAAGAGAUUCCUGAUUUCCAAGACAGUCCAGGAUUGCUCCAUCAUUGUGGCACUGCAGCCUGUCAAACAAGGGGUGUCUGAGGAAAACAGCGUCAUACAUUUCAAUGACGUUUACUACCAAUACUCCAUCGAACUGGUCGACCUUGACCCCAAGCCCUUCGACAAGAUUGAGCAGUACUACCGACAGGAUAUGGACAUUGUCCAUGCAUAUCAGGAAACCAUCGGCAAGUCGCGGACCAAGUCAGUAUGACACCGACGUUGGGAGGCCUUCCUCAAUGUUACAUAUCUGAAAGCCUCUGUGAUUGUCCUGGGAUUGGUUGCUAAUGACGACGGCCUGGUUGGGGACUGAAGUCAACAACAGCACUUCACUGACUUGGGUAACUUUAUCUUCACACUUCUCUUCAAGGCAGUACUUCCUGUUGUGAACACCAACGUCUAACAAAUGUUGGGUUGAGAUGCCAUAUUGGAGAUGCCAGAUUGGAGAUGCUGGCAUCAAACAGAUGGGUGAUGUUAAACAUUUCUUCUCGUUGGAGGAGAAGAAUCGCAGUGAAGGACACAAUAUCACUCUAAAGCUCUUCCCCUACAAGUUCCGUAAUUUGAAUUAAUUGUUUGGGUCUUUUCAACUGACACAGUCAAUGGGUACAUGAUUUUAUUAUUUGUUUUUAAUAUGUUUGCAAAUCUGAUCUUAAAGUUAAUCAAGCAAAGAUGUUUACUGGUUUCCUGUUUAUGAAUUCCAGACCAAAGUUCUGAUUCCAGUGAGUUACACUCUGUGCACGAUUACCACUGAUCAUUAGAGAUGGUUUUGGUAUGUAAUAAUAAUCUUACUGUGCACGAGUAGAUCUUAGGACUAAAAUGGUUGUAGUGAGUUAAAAUUUAAUGUCACAUUGGCAGUUAUUUUGGCCAUAUUGUAACUGAUGAU